AUGGCUCUCGCCGACACUACCAAUGCUGCCAACCCUGUGCAUACCCUUCCAGCAUCUCCCGACGCCGUCAUCGACAGCCUCCGCGGCCUCAUCUCCUCUACCUACCUCAACCACGAUGUCUCCACCGUACAAAUACGCGCUGGCGCACUCUUUGCCCGUCUGAAGGCCCUCAACCGCUCAGCGAAUACCGCCACGCGUUCGCACAAGCAGGCGACCGCAGAGACACGUCAUGAUAUGGAUCAGAUCCACCUCGGGCUGCAAAAUCUACUCUAUGAGAAGAGGCACCUGGAGCGUGAGAUUGAAAAGUGCAGGCAAUUUGCGUCAGUAUACCAGGACAUCCCGUUGUAUACACUUGAAGAGUUUCUUGAACGUGCGCCUGAGGAUAUGCGCACAGAGGAGAUCCUGGGCAAUGAACAUAGCCUCAUGCUGAGCCAACUCAACUUCGAGCUUGCCGAGAGGCAGCGGCUGGAUAAGGAGUGCAAGCGGCUGCAAGCCAUGAAAGACGAACUGCUGAAGGAGAGCAAGACUCGACUCGCCACUAUGGAUAAGGUCAAGGUGCAGAUUGACGAGCUGAUGAAGGUGCGCACUCGCCGGAGUUACGAUUCGAAUUCCUCUAAGUGUCCCAAACCCUCCGGACAGCAUUCUACAGAUGUCCAGAACAAGGUGGCGGAUCUCGUCAAACCACUGGAGUCAACCGUACCUGCGGAAUCCGCCUCAUAA